UGAUGUUUCAACUGUCGCAGGCCUGGUUACCUUGUUGUUGUCAUUUUCUGUUUAAUCUAUGUUUUUAUUUUAACAGUAUUUUUUUAGAUAUGAUGUAUUUUUUUUCUUUUUGUUUAUUUUAGCACAUUUAUUAUGAGAUAUAUAAAUAUCAAUAAUUAAAACAAAACAUCUAAGCUCAACGAAAUUAUUCUGUGCCUGUGAACUUGCUAUCUAUCCAUGCGUCUAUACAAUAUUUUUAAAUUUCGUAUCAGAACAAAUCAAAAUAAACUUUUUAUUAAUUUCUAAUCCUCGAUAAUGAUGAAAUUGACCCUAUGGAAAUUCGGUUUUUUAUUGUUUUUGAGUUCUCUAUGUGCAUAUUAUUUGUAUUGUAAAACUUAUGCUGACAAUAUAUAUAGGAGACAUUAUUCCAAAGCUGUUGAAGUGCAACAUAAAGAAGAUGUGGAAAGAAUAGUUCUGUCAUUUGUAGUUUGUGAUUCAAGAUACAAUGAAUCCUUGAAUGUUGUUAAAUCUGUAUUAAUAUUUACAAAGACACCAGUAUACUUUGUUAUAUUUACUGAUGAAAAUCUGAAGCCCAAAUUCAAUGAUACACUGAACAAAUGGAGGAGUCUGACUAACAAUCAGCUGGAUUUUGAGUUACAGAAAAUUAAUUUUCCAGAAGCCCAUGAAGAGGACUGGAUGAACCUAUUCAGCAAAUGUGCAGCUCAAAGACUUUUUAUUCCUAAACUAAUACCUCACAUAGACUCCAUGAUAUAUGUGGAUACAGAUACAUUAUUCCUAGGACCUGUAAAUGAAUUGUGGAGUUACUUCUCCCGGUUCAAUAGUUCUCAAAUAUCAGCUGUAGCAUUGGAAGAUGAUAACCCAAAUGUGUCUUGGUAUCCCAGAUUUGCAAAACAUCCAUUUUAUGGCAAAUAUGGUAUCAAUUCUGGGGUUAUGUUGAUGAAUUUGACUCGUAUGAGAACCUUUGGCUGGGUUGAUUAUGUCACUCCUAUCAUGCUCAAAUGGAAGCUUUAUAUACCUUGGGGUGAUCAGGAUAUAAUAAAUAUAAUAUUCCACUACCAUGAGCGUGCUGUGUAUGUGUUGCCAUGCCGGUAUAACUACCGCUCCGACCAGUGUAUGUAUGGUGAUGCGUGCGCUGAGGCAACCACCCGAGGCAUCUUCCUCCUUCACGGCAGCCGUAAAGCAUUCCAUAAUCAUAAACAGCCGGCCUUUGAGGCUAUAUAUCGAGCGAUUAACGAGUAUAAUAUAGGUAUAGAUUCGACAGAGACUCUCUUGAAUAAGAUGGAGAAGUAUUUUACGGAAGCGCCUGCUUCAAACUGUGGAAAUUUAAAAAAUGCCUUUUUCCGAUUACCAAUUAAAACUAUUAAUGAUCUAUAUGGCAAACCCAAUAGAUAGAAUGUAAAAAGUUUCACUAUUAAAUAGAGAAUGUCGUAGUUAGGGGUUCAAUGUAAGUAAUUAUCAGUUGAUUUUUAAAAUCCCAUUUUAAGUAUUAAUGAAAGUAUUAUAUUAACUUAAUGUAUCGUAUAUGUACGUACUUGAAAACUGUAUAAAUAUAGAAAUGUUAUUUAAAUGUAAACACCAAGUUUGGUUGUACGAUUAUUGUGUGACUGAAAAAAAUAUUAAGUGGGCGGGCUUUGAACCCGCAUCUUCUACUUAAUGCCGAUCCCAGUAUUCAAUUACGUAUAUAUAAGAAUAAGAUAUAUUAGUCUUUAUUAUCAGCUCUCAGGGUAUUUGAUAUACUGUUUUUAUAUUAAUAAUGGACUGACUUAUAAAGUAAUUAAUUUAAUAAAGCAACCAAACCAAUGUUAGGAUCUCUGAAGCAUCAUAUCUCAAUUAUGUAUCAAAUUUGUCAAAUAUGUAAAAAUAAUAGGCUAUAGUCUGAUAGUCCAUUACAGUAUAAAUGCGAUAAUGUAAUUUUUUUCUUGCAAUAAUUUAUAUAGCGAAGAGAAACCUUUAAAAAAGUGUAAAAUUGCAUUCCAUCUUGAGCUUAAAAUUCAUAUAGGGAAAUUAUUUUUAAGUAACAGCCAAAACUAGCUUUCCUGAUGUCUAUUUUUUUUAAUGUUGUAAAUUAUACAGGUAUUAAUUUUUAAAAGCUAAAAAUUUCAAUCUCAAAUACUUCUCUUUUUUGCUUAAGGGGUAAAUGGAAUGAAUAAUUAACUACUUGUUUAUAAUACAAAUGUAACGAUUUUUAUUAAUCUCAUGAUUAAACUCUUCUUUUAGAGCUAACUCUGCAUAUUAUAGCACGGUACUAACGACAGGUCAAAAACAAAAAUACAAAUAGUAUCAUACGAUCAAUACAGUUCUUUUAAAGUAAAAAUUGACAAAUAUCAAUUGUUACCCGCUAUUUACUAUAACAGGCAGUAUAUAAUGAUACGAAACAAACUCAAGAACAAUUGUUUCACGUAAAAAUCUCUAACCACAAUUGCCUUGGAUAAGAUGUAACCAUAGAUAUUAAAAUACUAUAUAUUACUAACAGCGCUCAAAGCUCAAAAAUCCCCAUGUCUCAUCAAACUGAACCGACUGUUCCCAUACAUGCGCCGGCUCCUUUAUGCGAAGGUUUUGUUGCGGAGCUCCGAAAUAUUUCUAAAAAUUUAAAUUCACGGUCGGGACUGAGACGACGUAAUUACCAAUAAUAAUCAUAUAUAAAGAUACUAUUUACCUGUAAUACCGUCGCGUUAAGUCCCGAUUGUAGUUAUUUAAUAAAGCGAAAGUUAAAGUUAACUAUUUCAAAAAGACCCGUUUGAUGUGUAAAAAUGUGUUAAAACCCUUAAAUCACUUCGAGUCACAGAGAGUUCGUAGGUAAUUUUAGAAUAUUACCAUGUCUUCUAUUUUUAAAUAAAUUUUUAAAAGUAUUCCAGAUUUAAAUGAUAAUUAUUAAUUGAAGCAAUCGCCUUCAUGAUUAUUUGUCGAUGAUUAUGUUCAAGUCAAUUUACUCGUAUAUUUAUUGUGUAAACUUUAUUUUUAACCUUCAGUUUUUUCGUCUCAGUGAUAAUGAAAAUUUGAUAAUAGAUGCCCUACGUAAACUUUAAUUGUUAAUUCUUUAUAAUAUUCGAUAGUAUGAACCUCUAGAGUGAACGAUUAUGUUAGCUUCAUAUAUGGUAUAUAUGUAUAAAUAAUUUUAUGUCAGAUGAACGACAUCAUCCGGUCCCGCUACAAAACAAUAAUUAAGAAAAACUAUUAUGGUAUGUGAUCCAUACCACGAGAAGUAAUUGUAAAGCAGUUUUGAUACAACUCCAGUAAAAAUUUAGUUUAUUAUUGGGACUUAGAAUAAAGAUAAAAAAAAAUUAUAUAGAGAAUAAAUAACGGGAAAAUGGAACUUCUAAAUCGACUCCAUUGUCUAUCUCUUCUAAUAUUGUAUUCUAUAAUUAAAAUGUGUAACAAAAGAUCUGAUUGAUAACUGUUGUGUACUGGCAGAGUCCUUAGUAUUCUUUUUAUUAUUUUUAAACCUGUGACACUGCGACCUUUCCAGAAUCUUUUGUGCUCGCCUCUUUUUAAAGUUCGCUGUUAGUGACAGGUAUUUUAAGAUGUUUUUUGUAGCGAUGUUAUUUAUCUCCUCAGGGUAUAAAGUGUAUUUUCCAAAGGAGACAUAUCGUUUAUGUUUGAAUGGACUACAACAACAAAUUAAGCGUUGUGGCGUUUCUUCCUCAUUGUAACAAAAUCAGCAAGGGCCAUUAUUAUAAGGGCUAUUAUUAUUUGCUGUUUCUAGGCUUUCCAAUUUGAGGUGUCUGAGCUUAAGGCUUCGAGUCAUGUAACAAUAAGAUUCUGGUCCUAUUUGAGCUGUCUUUGCCACUACCUUUGCUAAUUGAUCUACGAAUCUGUCUCAAGAUAAUGUUAUUUCUGCUGCCCAAGUAAUUUAAUAACAUUAUGAAAUUAUAGAUAGUACCUAGUAUAAUCAUUAUCCAGACUUAAUGUGAGUGUAACACAUUACACUUUUGUUACGGUUUAUGUUACUAUUGCGUUAGUAGAUAUUUACGUUGAUUAUAGUUAGUUUAAUAAGAAGUUGUUAACCAAUAAUUUUUAUGGUUGGCGAAAAUGACGUUAGAAAAUCGUAAAAAAAUAUAAGAAAAUAUUCAUGUCAUAUUUAAUCUAAUCAUAAUUAUGUGACUACUUCCUACAUUUAAAGUUAUUUAUUACACAUAGUUUGACACUGAUUCUACCAAUCAUCACCGAUUCGUUGUUAGGGUAUAGAGGGAACUGGCUCUAAGUUAUUGAAUCUGCCUCAUUUUAUUAUGUUUUUUAAAUCCGUAUUAUGAUUGUAUUUUAUGUCAUAUUUUAAAAAAUCACAAUAAAUGUUUUUUAGUAA